CGGGGCCAAGGCCCGGCCUUAAAGGGGUCGCGCCCCGCGCGGGGCUGAGCGGGAGCGGCGGCAGCGGAGGGGAGCCAUGGCAGAGAAGAUCCUGGUGACGGGCGGCGCCGGCUACAUCGGCAGCCACUGCGUGCUGGAGCUGCUGCAGGCGGGGUACGUCCCCGUGGUCAUCGACAACUUCCACAACGCCAUCCGAGGAUCAGAGGAGCUCCCCGAGAGCCUCCGGCGCGUGCAGGACAUCGUGCACCAGCCCGUGCUCUUCCAGGAGCUCGAUAUCACGGACGAGGCCGCGCUGCAGGAGCUCUUCAGGAAGCACCGUUUCUCGGCCGUGAUGCACUUUGCGGGGCUGAAGGCUGUGGGGGAGUCUGUGCAGAAGCCUCUGGAAUAUUACAGAGUGAACCUCACCGGGACCAUCCGGCUGCUGGAGACCAUGAAGGCCCACGGCGUGAGGAACAUCGUGUUCAGCAGCUCCGCCACCGUCUACGGGGACCCCAAGUACCUCCCCCUGGAUGAGAAGCACCCGGUCGGGGGCUGCACCAACCCCUACGGCAAAUCUAAGUUCUUCAUCGAGGAGAUGAUCCGGGAUCUCUGCAAAGCAGAGAAGGACUGGAACGCCGUCCUCCUGCGCUACUUCAACCCCAUCGGCGCCCACGAGUCGGGGAUGAUCGGAGAAGAUCCUCAGGGGAUCCCCAAUAACCUCAUGCCCUACGUGGCACAGGUGGCCGUGGGACGCCGGGAAUUCCUGAGCGUCUUUGGGAACGACUACAAGACGGACGAUGGAACGGGAGUCAGGGAUUACAUCCACGUCGUGGAUCUGGCCAAGGGCCACAUCGCUGCUCUGAAGAAGCUCAAGGAGAACUGUGGCUGCAAGGUCUACAACCUGGGCACAGGCACCGGCUACUCCGUGCUGCAGAUGGUCCGGGCCAUGGAGAAAGCCUCGGGGAGGGAGAUCAAGUACCGGAUCACAGCCCGGCGGGAGGGAGACGUGGCCUCCUGCUACGCUGACCCCGCGCUGGCCGAGCGGGAGCUGGGCUGGAAAGCUGCCUUUGGUCUGGACAAGAUGUGUGAGGACCUGUGGCGGUGGCAGCUGCAGAACCCCACGGGCUUCAGCAAGAACUGAGCCGUGGCCGAGGGCUGGCCGGGCCCGGGGGCUGCUCUGAGCCAGCCCUGCCACCUUCCCAGAGAGCUGUCACCAUCCUGGGAGAGCAGUUCCAGCUCCCCCUCCUGCCUCUGGCACAGGGCAGGAAGGCUGGAGCAUCCUUGGCCUCUCCUCUCCUCAUCCUCAUCUCCCCAGGUCCUUGCAUCUCACAGAGCAGAACCACAAUGGAGAACAGAGCCAGGGCCUGGUUUGGCACCCCGGGCAUGGAACCCGCCGUGGGAAUACCCAGGGGCUGGUGCCAGCCCUGGCUGGGAGCAGGUGCUGCUGGGCCCUCCCUGUGCCCUGGGCAGUGGCUGCAUCCAGCACUGGGACCUCUGAGUCCUGCUGAGCCCAAACUGCAGCAGAACCCCCGUUCCCUCCUGCCCCACCUGGCACAGAGAGGGCACCAGGAACCUCUCACAGGGACCACUCACAUUCCAAGGCCACCGUGGCUCAUUUCCCCAGCCCUGGGCUCCGAGGCCAAGGGCUUCCUCCACCCCCCCUUUUCCCUGACCCUCAACGUGGUUUUGAAGACCAAAUCUCAUCUCCCACCUCUCCUGCUGAGCCAGAGAAGCCCCUGCCCAGGGCUGUGCCAGCCUGGCCUGGCUGCCCACAGCCCCCUUUCGGUGCCUGGUUUGGCCUCCUGUGGCAGCCACUUCCCAAACCCCGUUGCCAAAGGCUGCCCAGGAGCCGGCUCUGCCCCCCUGUCCCACACUGCUCCUAUUUAUUCCUGGCAGCUCCCAGGGCUCCGCAGGGCAGGGAUGACGCAGGCGGCCCCGUGUGCUGUCAGCUGGAUGAAUAACUUAUGCUCCUAAAUUAUGAAUUGAGCUUUUGAUUUGUUUUUAAAUAAACUUUCCUACUUUCUAA